AUGGAUGUGAUGAAAAAGUUGCAUGAUCAAGUAAACGCUUAUCUUAAAAUAAAAAGUGAGACGUCUUAUCUAAAAAUGGCAUAUAAAGAGGUAUUAUUUCCCAUCUGCUUUACUGGUAAAAAUAAGUACUUUGGGGUUGGGCAUGAAGAUGUAAUAAACUUUAAACCGAAAAAUCUUUUCAUGAAAGGGAUAGAUAUCGUAAAGCAAGAUAAAUCCCAGCUUCUCAAAUUCAUUGGAGAGAAGAUAAUGAGAGAGGCUAUGGAUAUAAAUAAUAUGAGCACAAUUGACAAAAUUGUUAAAGAUACUCUUAGAGAAGCAGGAAACAAGAAAUAG